UGUAUGGGAAAGGAUCGUAAACACAGGUUCUUAUGUUGAAAUUGUCUGUUGGGUUUGAAUGAAAGUGCGUAUUUUGGUAAAAGGAAAAAAGACCGAAUCAGACAAGAUAAAGGGGGGAAGGUGUCAAUUAUAUCAAUAAUACUGCUCAAAAUAUCAAAUGUUGCAGGGUGUUAAUACAUUAUGUAGUAGUUGUUAAUCUCGCCAUUUAAAUAUGUGGUAAGGAUUCGAAUUUCUUAGCUUUUCUUAUUGGGCCGCACCUGCUAUGGACAUGUCAUUGCGCAGCACAACAAAGUUAGUCCAUUUGGACUUAAAAGGGGCACCUCCUAGAAUUAGUUACCUUUUUGAGUUGAUCCAGUUAUUUGCUGAUCUUGGUGCCAAUGGCAUUCUCAUUGAGUAUGAGGAUAUGUUUCCCUAUGAAGGAGAGCUGAAAGUUCUUCAAUCUAAGGCUCAGCCUCCAUACAGCCGUGAAGAGAUCAUAUCUAUUCAGGAUGCUUCUAAUAGUCGAGGGCUGGAGAUCAUUCCACUGGUUCAGACGUUUGGACAUUUGGAAUUUGUCCUAAAGCAUGAGACCUUAAGAGAGCUGCGGGAGGUAGACUACUGUCUGGGCACACUGAAUCCACACUGCAAUCGUGGAGUUAGGCUGGUGCAAGAGAUGCUACGGCAAGUCAUGGAACUCCACCCUAAAAGUACCAGUCUGCACAUCGGAGCAGAUGAGGUGUACAUGCUUGGUCUUGGAGAUGAGUCUAAACAUUGGCUAAGCACUCCAGGUCACAGUGUUCACCAGCUGUUCCUCAGUCAUGUCAUUAAGGUGGCAAAGGGCAUUCAGGAGAGUUUCGUCAACCUUAAAUUGAUCAUGUGGGAUGAUAUGCUCAGGUCCAUGACGCCCGAGACCAUUAAAGAGAGUGGUCUUGUUGGAUUAGUGCAGCCAAUGUUGUUGGACUACAGCCCUUCUCUGGAUGUAGAUAACACUGUUAUGCUUAUGGAAAAAUAUAAGUCUGCCGGUAUGUCACAUCAAUGGGUCGCCAGCUCUUUUAAAGGCUCUACCACUGUGUACACCUGCAUAACCAACACUCAGAGACAUGUGGACAACCAUUUGCAAUGGUUCAAAGUGGCAUCCAGCCUGUCAGCUGGCAUUGAGAUACAGGGAAUUGCCCUUACUGGAUGGCAAAGAUAUGACCACCUGUCUGUUUUGUGUGAGCUGAUGCCCGUGAGCUUGCCCUCUCUGGCUUCAUGUUUGCAAACUCUUCUGCAAGGUAGCUUUACUGACGAGGCUCAAAAGAAGGUGGUUGAGACACUUGGCACUGUGGAAAUAGGAGACACAGAGAGAUUGUCUUCUAGAACGUCUUCCUCCUUUGCUGGCGCGAAACUAGCUAAACUUAUAGUGAAUCUGAUGUCUGAUGUGGAGUCUGCAGAACUGAGGCAUUUUCAGAACAAUAUGUUUGUAAGGGGCUGGUUCACACCCUACCACAGACAAAAGAGGAUAAUUAGUCCACUUAUUGCACAACAAAUUAAGACACAAGCAAAAAUGAUUCUUGAUGCCGUGGAGUGCAGUGUGCAAGAGGUGAGGCAAGAAAUGUGUUUACUGUACCCAGACGCUACAGUUCAGGAAUGGAUGGACCAACACGUCACCCCAGUACUGGAGCCUCUGCAGAACCUAUUGAGAGAUAUGGAAUCUGUUUUAAAUGAAAUGGGACUUUGCACUUAAAAUACAUCUUAAAGUUGGUCAAUAAACUUCAUUUGAAUGAAACCAAAGAAAGUUGGUCAAGAUGGACUUUGCGCUGUUAGCUGAUAAACAGAAAGAAACAACUAACAAAAACAGCUUGAUGUUGUGAACCACUAAUGGGUUCUUCUGAAACAAAAUGCAAAACAAUAUAAAAAGUAACAAUUUACAUUAAGGUUGCAUUCAGUAACAGUAAACUACAGAUUGUUAACAUGAACUAACAAUAAACAAUACAAUAAACAAUACA